CAAGAGCGCGUCUCAUUACCGAAUUGGACUCCCGCUUUGGGCAUACUCCAAUACAAACCUUCCGCACCGCUUCCUUGACUGUUUCCCCAAUAGUGAGGGACAGAUCGAAGUCCGCUCGCUGACAACUAUGACUUGGUCGAAACUCUGAAUUUACAUUUCAACAGCGGAAGACCACUCACAAUGUCCAAAGCCCACAAGCGCGACAGGCUUGCCGAGCUGCGCGCGCUGCGGCAGUCGGGCAAGAAGGUAUUCGAUACGUACAAGGUCGCCGAGGUCGAGGAUCUCUACGAGGAGGUGGACGAGAACCAGUACAAGCAGAUUGUGCGCGACCGCCUCAACCAGGAUGACUUCGUCGUCGACGACAACGGCGAGGGAUACGCCGACGACGGCCGCGAGGAAUGGGACCGCGUGCGUGCUUACGAGUCCGAGAGCGACGACGAUGCCCUGCUCGUGCGUGGGAAGGACCGUAAAUCCAAGAAGCAACGCCAGGAGGAGCAGGCUAAACGAGACGCCAAUGACCGCGACAUUUCCGAGUACUUCACAAAGGGCGCUGCGAAAUCACAGCCCAAGCCCAAGGUCAUAAAGACGGAAGACGACGACAAGUUCCUCAAGGAUCUCUUGGGAGAGGUAGACUCAAACAUUCCCGUUGCGCUGCCCAGGAUUCCCAAAAAGCGAGACAGGUCGGCGGAGAGGAGGAGAGCUCGCGCUCCCUCACCCCCACGAGAACCUCGACAGCCAGCCACCAAGAAAACAAAGAUGCUGGAUGGCAGCGCAUCCUCUCCUCUGCCAAGCGAUGUUAUAAUGACCGAAGAUGAUUUCGUGCCUCCCGUGGAUGACGAUGACGACCAUGCUGCGCCCCCGGAUGUGGCCAUGAGCGACCCGGCCCCCUCAUCUCCCGCAGCAAAGGUCGUCGAGCGGAGGUCACAAGCCAAAUUGGAGGAUGAUGAAGAUGAGGAUGACGACAUGAUGGAGGUUGUCCAUGCUGGCGCUGUUGCUGGCGCCAGCGUCAAUCUCUCUGCUUCGCGGCAGACCAAGAAGAUCGUCAAGCCUGAUCCCUAUCCAACUCCGGCAACCUCGUCUCCUGCCAAGGGUCCAGACGCCACCGUCGACGCAGCGGCCUGGAAUGGUAUCAAUGAGAAGCUCAAUGUGGUGAACAGCUCGCCACCGGAAGCCAGGACCAUGGGCAAGAUUGACUACAAGGAUGCCAUCGAGGAGGACGGCAGCCUCAAGAUGUUCUGGACCGACUACACCGAGGUUAAUGGCAGUCUGUGUCUCUUCGGCAAGGUGCUCAACAAGAAGACCGGCCACUAUGUCAGCUGCUUCGUCAAGAUCGACAACAUCUUGCGGAAACUCUACUUUUUGCCGCGCAAGCACCGGGUGCGCCGCGGCGUCGAGACCACAGAGCAGGUCGAGAUGAUGGACGUCUACAACGAGGUCGACGCCAUUAUGACCAAGAUGAACGUCGACAUGCACAAGAUCAAGGUCUGCACCCGGAAAUAUGCGUUCGAGCUCCCCGAGAUUCCCUCGGAAGCCCAGUACCUGAAGCUGCUCUACCCCUAUACCAGGCCCGCCAUCGAGCUUGGCACCAAGGGCGAGACCUUCUCCCAUGUCUUCGGCACCAAUACGGCUUUGUUCGAGCAGUUUGUCCUCUGGAAGAAGAUCAAAGGCCCGUGCUGGUUGAAGAUCGAAGAUGCCGACUUCGGCGCCCUGAAGAACGCCUCCCACUGCCGGCUCGAAGUCCUGGUCGAGCAUCCCAACAUGGUGGCGACGCUGAGCGAUGGUGACAGCUUCGAAGCGCCCCCUCUGACCCUGAUGAGCCUUGCCAUGCGCACAAUGUUCAACGCGAAGGACAACAAGCAGGAGAUUCUGGCCAUCAGCGCCAGGGUCUAUCAGGACGUCUCGCUCAGCGACACGACCCCGGCCGAUAAGCUGCCCUGCCGGACGUUCACCCUCAUCCGCCCCCCAGCCGCCGCCUUCCCUCUGGGUUUCGAGAAGCUAGCCAAGGACAGGAGGAAAGGCUUGAUCAAACUCAUGAAGCAAGAGUCUGAUAUCCUGUCAUUCUUCCUAGCGCAGAUCGACCUCGUCGAUCCGGACAUCAUCCUGGGACAUCAGCUUGAAGGUGUCGACUACAGCGUUCUGCUGAACCGCCUCUACGAGAAGAAGACGCACCAAUGGUCUCGCUUAGGAAGACUGAGGCGGUCGGCCUGGCCGGCCUCGAUUGGCAAGGUUGGCGGCAACGUCUUCGCCGAGCGCCAGAUCAUGGCAGGCCGCCUCCUGUGCGAUCUUGCCAACGACGCCGGCAAAUCCGUCAUGUUCAAGUGCCAGUCGUGGAGUCUAACGGAAAUGUGCAAUCUGUAUCUCUCGGGAGAUAACCACCGGAGGGACAUUGACAACGAGUUGGCGCUCAAGACGUGGGCCUCGUCCAAGGAAGGCCUGAUGGACUACCUAUCGCAUGCCGAGGCGGAUACUUACUUCAUCGCUGCCCUGGCUCUGAGGACGCAAAUCCUGCCCCUCACCAAGGAGCUCACCAACCUGGCAGGCAACUCGUGGGCAAGAACGCUCACCGGCACCCGUGCCGAGCGAAACGAGUACAUCUUGCUCCACGAGUUCUACGGGAAGAAGUAUAUCUGCCCAGACAAACAGCCCUUCAAAGGAAGGGCGCGCGUCGAGGACGAGAACCAGGAAGAAGACGGCGGCGAGGGCAAGAAGAAGGACAAGUACAAGGGCGGCCUUGUCUUCGAGCCCGAAAAGGGCCUCUACGACAGGUUUGUCCUCGUCAUGGACUUCAACUCGCUAUAUCCGUCCAUCAUUCAGGAGUUCAACAUCUGCUUCACCACCGUUGACCGCACCUUUUCGUCGGACGACGAGGAUGCGGUGCCGCCAGUUCCGACCGACAAGACCCCUGCCGUCCUUCCGAAGCUGAUUGCAGGCUUGGUCGACCGCCGGAGGCAAGUCAAGAGCCUAAUGAAGGACAAAAAUGCUACCCCAGAACAGCUUGCGACGUGGGACAUCAGACAGCUCGCCUUGAAGCUCACAGCCAACUCCAUGUAUGGCUGUCUGGGCUACACGAAGUCGCGGUUCUACGCCAGACCCCUUGCCAUGCUCACCACCUUCAAAGGGCGUGAGAUUCUCCGCAGUACGAAGGACCUGGCCGAGAGCAUGUCGUUGCAGGUCAUCUACGGUGACACCGACUCCGUCAUGAUCCAUGCGAAUGUGGACAACGUCGCCGAUGCCCUCAAGGUCGGCCGGGAGUUCAAGGCCGAGGUCAACAAGCGGUACAGGCGGCUCGAGAUUGACAUUGACAAUGUUUUCCGCCGCAUUCUGCUCCAGGCCAAGAAGAAAUAUGCGGCGGUCAAUCUGGUCGAGACGAACGGCAAAUUCGUCGAGAAGCUGGAGGUCAAGGGUCUCGAUAUGAAGCGCCGCGAGUACUGCCCUCUGUCGAGGGAAGUCUCCAAGCGCAUCCUGGACGAGAUUCUCUCGGGCAACGACACCGAGGUGUCUGUCCAGCACAUCCACGAGUACCUGCGCGAGAUCUCGGGAAAGAUGCGUGCGCAAGCCAUUCCGGCCCAGAAGUACAUCAUCCUCACGCAGCUGGGCAAAGCUCCCAAGGAGUACCCCAACGGCGACAGCAUGCCACAGGUCCAGGUGGCGCUCCGCGAGAUGGCGCGCGGCAAGACGAUGCGCAAGGGCGACGUCGUCUCGUACAUCAUCACGGGCGAUAGCAAGACGACCUCAGAGCCGGCCGCCAAGCGCGCGUACACGCCGCAAGACGUCCUCAAGGCCGACUCGGGCCUCACCCCGGACGUCGAAUGGUACAUUGGCAAGCAGAUCUUCCCGCCCGUCGAGCGCCUCUGCGCCAACAUUGUCGGCACCUCGACCGCCCAGCUCGCAGACAACCUCGGCCUCGACGUGCGCCGCUAUGCCAACAACUCGGCCUCUAACUCCUCCUCGAGUAGUAACCGCGACCUCGACAUCCACCCGCUCGAAUCGCAGAUUCCCGACGCGAUCCGCUUCCAAAACUGCGCCCGCCUGACCCUCCGCUGCCGCGCCUGCAAGGCCAGCGCCCCGUUCGAGGGCCUGCUCGGCUCCGCCGACCGCAUCACGCCCGCGGGGGUGGCCUGCCCGACGUGCCACGCGGUGCUGCCGACGCUGUCGAUCGUGGCGCAGGUCGAGGCGGCGCUGCGCGCGCAGACGGCGCGCUACUACGAGGGCUGGCUCGUGUGCGACGACGCGAGCUGCGGCAACCGCACCCGCCAGAUGGGCGUCUACGGCGCCCGCUGCCUCGGGCCCAAGGGCCUCGCGCGCGACUGCCUCGGCCGCAUGCGCUACGAGGUCGGCGAGCGCGACAUCUACAACCAGCUGGUCUACUUCGCGAGCCUGUGGGAUGUGGACAAGGCCAAGGCGCUGGCGGGGACCGCUACUGCUGCAGGAGCUAGCGAGGGUGGUAAGCCUGGAGGAGGAGCGGAGGGUGUCCCUGCGGGCGAGAUGAGGGACAAGAUCCUCGCGCUGGCGGAGCAUAACCGGGUCAGAUUUGGCACGGUCAAGGGAGUGGUGGAUAAGUAUUUGGACAAGUGUGGCCGGCAGUGGGUCGCGAUGGACACGUUGUUCUCCAAGCUUGGGUUUAUGGCUGCUUAAGCUGUGUAGUUUGGUAUGAUGGUUUUGUAAGCCAGCCUUUCCAGGUUACUGCGUAGCUUGGCUAGCUGGCAUGGCAUGAUGGCGUUUGGGCACUUCUGCGAGGUAAUGUUGAUUACGUUGUUAUGCCUCUUCAUCAAUAAAUGGGAUGUAAUUGCUCCUGGCCCCGGUCUCAAAUGUUUUGCUGAGCAGACAACGAAUGGUCUUUGGCUGGUCCGGGCUAAUGGUGAUCACGGUGUGGUCAUGGAAAGGUCACU